AAAAGCAUGUAGUUAAAAAUAUUAAUAUAAAUUAUAUUAAAGAUAAUUUCACGAUACAAUAUUGUGAUUUAUUGUGCUGGUAUUGCACCAAGGUUAUUUAUUUUAUUUGUUUAUAAACUUUGCAUCAUUGUAAGCGUCGGUUGAUUCAUUCUCAGGUCAUUCCCAUGCCGAUAAUCGAAUGGGACGCAUGUCUUGUUAAUACAAUUAAAUAUCGUUUAAAUUUUGUUUUUAAUUAAUUUAUUGUGUGACUAAGGAAGUGUGGACAAUAAUGGAAGCGUAUUUCUUCUUAAUAUUUAUCUUUAUCGGAUCAGCACUCACCGAUAUAAGUACUGAAUGUAACCUGGCGGGCUUUUAUGCUGAGCUUGGCUGCACAGCGGUGACAAGCGCGGCUGACAACAGCACGGAUUGUCCAGAAGCCUACGUCUGCCCUAAACUACAUCCAGAUCCUAGCAUGUGCUAUUAUAGAGGUGUCCCAUACAAGGACCGUUCUAUGAUACCACAAUCAGCAGUUAAGAAUCCUUGUUCUCUCGCCUGUCAGUGCAGCGUGUCCGGUAAGCCGAGUUUCGAUUGCGCGGCUGUCGAUUGUGUGGAGACAUUCGACACUGAUAUGCAGCAGGAAUGCAUCAAAACAUACGAGUUAGAAUCGUGCUGUAGUACUGGAACCGUUUGCGGUAAAGACGCGGUGGCUGCACUAAAGACUUGCGAAGUAGACGGAAAGACUUACAGGGAAGGGGAGGCUUUCGAGCCUAAGAAUAGUCGCAAAACAUGCAUAUGUACCGCACAAUGGAACGGCACAAUUGAUGACUCGGCAUCCUGUCGUGAUAUUAACUGUGGUAUAGAGAUACACUAUCAGGAUAAACUCUUCCAAAAUUGCGCACCUAUAUUUUUAGGAAGCGAUUCUGUUUGCCCCAUCGCUUUUACAUGUCCAACAAACACAUCGAAAGUCAUUCGCGGUUUGAACUUGCGAGCUGUAAGUUCACAGUGCGUGUUCGGGAAUACGAGUCUAUCUGUUGGUGAUGAGGUAACGGUGGACGAAGAGUGUACCAAAUGUAGAUGUAAUGUACCGCCUUUUGUAUCGUGUAGUAGGAAGAUUGCCUGUAAUGAAUAAUACUGCAAAGUGGAACGAAUAAUGCUUUUGUGCUUUAUCUAUAGAGAAAUGUGAGUUUUUCAUGUCUUGUAACAGUGUUUCUCAACUUCGUGUAGCAUUAGGACGUAUAUUUGUCAUUCGAAGGCUCGCAACAUGAUUAAAGUUAUGGUUUCUUGAUUUAAAAAUUAUUGUUAAAAUGAACACAAUUUCCAUCUAUCACAUUAAUAACAAAAAUAUAUUUUUUUAGCGAUUUAUUAUUGUAAGAAAAACCUAAGCUUUUUCGAUAGUUCAUUUUAUUAUUGUCUUUAGUGGGGGGAGGGGGGGAUGUUGUAGAAUUAUAAAGGAGGACACUAUCAAUUGGAUACUUUCGUGAGUUCAGGCGAAAUAAGGGUUCGUGGAACCAAAGGUUUGAGAAACCCUGUUCUAUUAUGUCAAACGAUAA